CAAUUAAACAUAUUACCAAUUUAAAUCUGCUUAAUCUAAAAAAUCAUCAAUCAUGAAAUUAUUCUUCAUUUUGGCAUUUUUGCCAGUCCUGAUGGUGGCAGCAAUCGAUUCCGCUGAACAACAAUCAGAAGAAGAAUUGACCAAUGUAUUUGAUCAAUUAAUCGAUAGCUUACAACAACAAGAUGAACAAAUCGAAAACAACGAAAUCGAUGCCGAUCGUCGUCCUCCAAUGUCCCGUUGUCCAAGACGAUUCGGUUAUUAUCCGGCAAGAAAAUGUUACCAAUUUAUUCAAUGUUCAAAUUAUCGUCCAUAUACAAUGACUUGUGCACGCGGUACACAAUGGAAUCAACGAUUAUUAACUUGCGUUCAUCAAACCAAUUGUCGUCGACCACGUGAAUUGGAGGUAUUGGAAGCAGAUGAGGAAAUCGUUGUUGAAAAACGUCCAUCCAAACCAUUCCGUUGUCCACGACGAUCUGGUUAUUAUCGUGCACGUAAUUGUUAUCAAUUUAUUCAAUGUUCAAAUUAUAUGCCAUACGUAAUGGAUUGCGCUGUCGGCACUCAAUGGGAUCAACGUAAAAAGACCUGUGUACAUCAAACCAAUUGUCAACGACCACAAAAAUUGACAGCAGCUGAUGAUGAAGAAGAUUAUGAAGUUGAACGUCGACCAGCUAAAAAAUUCCGUUGUCCACGAUCAUCCGGUUAUUAUCGUCAUCGUGAUUGUAAUCGUUUUAUUCAAUGUUCAAAUGGUCGUCCAUAUGUAAUGACCUGUGCACCAGGUACACAAUGGAGUCAACGAAUGCAAACAUGUGUUAUGCUUCGUAAUUGUCGUCCACGAAUGGCCGAUGAAUCAGAUGUAUUAUCUGAUGAAGAAUAAUUUAACACAUUUCAUUAUCCAUUCAAUAUAUAAUUGACAAAAUUCAAACAUUUUCCAAAUCUAUUUUUUUUUAAUGAAAAAAAAUGAUAAUUUUAUUUCCGAAAAUAAAUUGAAUAAAUAAAAAUUUGAAAUUUCAAAA